GUGCGUUACUUACCUCGACUCUUAGCUUGUCGGGGACAGUAACCGGGACCCGGUGUCUCCUCCUGUCACCUUAGCCUCCUAAUCCCUAGCCACUAUGCGUGAGUGCAUCUCCAUCCACGUUGGCCAGGCUGGUGUCCAGAUUGGCAAUGCCUGCUGGGAGCUCUACUGCCUGGAACAUGGCAUCCAGCCCGAUGGCCAGAUGCCAAGUGACAAGACCAUUGGGGGAGGAGAUGACUCCUUCAACACCUUCUUCAGUGAGACGGGUGCUGGCAAGCACGUGCCCCGGGCAGUGUUUGUAGACCUGGAACCCACAGUCAUUGAUGAAGUUCGCACUGGCACCUACCGCCAGCUCUUCCACCCUGAGCAGCUCAUCACAGGCAAGGAAGAUGCUGCCAAUAACUAUGCCCGAGGGCACUACACCAUCGGCAAGGAGAUCAUUGACCUCGUGUUGGACCGAAUUCGUAAACUGGCUGACCAGUGCACCGGUCUCCAGGGCUUCUUGGUUUUCCACAGCUUUGGUGGGGGAACUGGUUCUGGGUUCACCUCCCUGCUCAUGGAACGGCUCUCUGUUGAUUAUGGCAAGAAGUCCAAGCUGGAGUUCUCCAUCUACCCAGCGCCCCAGGUUUCCACAGCUGUAGUUGAGCCCUACAACUCCAUCCUCACCACCCACACCACCCUGGAGCACUCUGAUUGUGCCUUCAUGGUAGACAAUGAGGCCAUCUAUGACAUCUGUCGUAGAAACCUCGAUAUUGAGCGCCCAACCUACACUAAUCUUAACCGCCUUAUUAGCCAGAUUGUGUCCUCCAUCACUGCUUCCCUGAGAUUUGAUGGAGCCCUGAAUGUUGACCUGACAUUCCAAAAUCACACUGAAUGCUAA